AUGGCCUUCUGUGAAGGAGGUCCCAAGAUCAAUUCCAACAAGGUGUGACCUCAAAUCCUUCUUUCGGCUUCUUUCCUGUCCAUGUAGUUUUUAUGUAGCUUUGAAUACCUGUAGUCUCCAAAUUGCAUAUCAUCUGCUGAAGUUAUCACCGCUGAGCCAGAAAUAAUCUCCCUUAUGAACCUGUAUAAGUAAACUUAUACUUUAAAUUUUUCAGGAAAAUGAUGAAGAUAUUGAUGAAGAUGACCGCUAUGAUGACUUUGAUCCUCGUAAACCUGCAUCACCAGGACCAGCUUUUGAUCCUACCCAGUUCAAAGAUGAUCCAAUGGCCCUGAUGAAGUUGGCUAAGAAGGGAAAAGUUUUGAUGAUGUUUGCAACAGUGGCUGGUUCACCAAGUAAGAAAGACACUGAGCAAAUAACAGCAAGAUGGCAGUCCAGUCUUUUCAACGCACAGAUUCAAGUUGAAAGGUACAUGUUACAAUAGUUGCAAUAAGUCGUUGUAAUGAGGUUGAUUGUGCGGUAUGGUUAUUGCAUUUUACUUUUAGGGGAAGUUCAGGUUAGAGUCUUGCCUGUCCUAUAACCAUUGGGUUGUUCAUUUUAGGUUUAAAAAAAACUCUGCUUCAUGUUUCUUUCUUCAUGAGUAUAAAGCCACUCGGCUUCGCCUUGUGGCGCUCAUUUAUUAAACAUUACUUAAUCAACAGCUGCUAUAUAUAUAUGGGCUUCAUCAUAAGUAAGUUAUCAACUACAAUCAAAUUGGGUUUGGAAUUGGAUUCAAUCGAAUCUUAAAAUAAAAAAAACCUCUUUCUCGAGACUUGGUGCCAAACUAUGGAAUGAGAUACCAACCAAGUUGCACACACUUUCAAAACAAAAAUUCAAAUUUAAUAUUCGUGCAUCAUUGCUUGAUUUAUUGGAGACUGGCGAUACUUAUUAUGAAAUAGAUUAAAUUAUUCUUAAAAUGAAGAAAGCAGAACCAAUUUUUUUGUAAUCCUGCCUAUAAAAACAGCUAGCUAAUGUUUUGUUUUCCUUUCCUCCAUAGAGUUUCAAAUGCAUCUUUUUCAUAUGUUUUUCUUUGUAAGAUUAUAAUUUUUGCAGUUAUAAGUUAAUUGCUCCAUAUUUAUUUGAAAACUGAUGAAUCUCUCUUGCUUACUUUUUUUUUACCUUACUGUCAAACUCAGAAAACCAUGAACACCUGAAAAUUUUCAGGAAUGUUGAUUGUGUACUGGCCAAUCACAAUAAAGUUCAGGAUACGCAAGCAAACCUCAAAACCACAAACUAAUUACCAUUGCUGUUUGCAGUUUAGUUAUCUCGCGCCUUAUUGGCUUAUUUCUCACAACACAAUAACAUUUCAUAAAUAUUUCUGGUGUUUACGGUUUUGUUAGUUUCACAGUAAUUCAAUUGCAGUUAUUUUUUUUCCGUAUCAUUCCUUGCCCGCCUAGACUAGCUAGAACUAUUUGCAGUCCCAGGACACUUGUAAAAAUAUUCUUUAUAAAAUUUAUAAUAAAGUCUUGAAGUCUAAACUACAACACCGCAGGUGUUGGACUAGACACUGUUAUUAUUUUCAUCCUAGGUACCUUGUUUCUGAUGACCGUGUACUAUUGAUGCUCAAAGAUGGCAGUCUUGCAUGGGAUGUAAAAGACUACUUAAUAACACAACCAGACUGUCUGUUGGUGGAGUUUGAAAAUCAGCAGUUUCCAGGAGCUGGAGACAAAACUAAGUCAUCAAAAACAGAACUCUGACAUACUAAGGCUUCUUAAGAAACAAUGAUAAAAAAUAUUAUAAGCCUCCCACACCAUCUUUGUAGGGAAUGUAAAUGGAGAGAGGUCACUCCCAUCACAGGAGUAGACUGCAAAACAUU